AUGCCCGUACCAUCAAUGGGGUGGGCCAACUUUUUGCCACCAAGGUCGCUGCGGGCCUUAGUUUGCCCAUACCAGCACUACGUGGAAACUCAUUUGCAACCGGUUUCUAAUGAAAGCCCGUGGCUGUCGCAACAAGGACAGCAGCAGCCACAUCAACUACAACAACCACAUCAACCAUAUCAGUCACAACAACCGCAACAACCGCAAAAUCAACAACUAUCACAGCCACAUCAACAACAUAAACAACCGGACGAACAGUCAACUACGUCAUUUCCGUUUCCGACCAGCUCGGCUUGCACUGUACCACCGCAAACAAAACCAAAGACACUGAAAAGUAUUCUCCGUCCAUCCGUCUGCCAAACCGUUUCCGCAAUGCCCAUUCCUCUGACAUCAGAAGGACCCAACCAAUCAAACGCCACCAAGUGGGAUGACGUCAUCAAUAGACAGCAGUUCGACCAAUCAUAUUACUGCACGCUGCGCCAGCAAAACGAAUUGACAGCUGCUCUUUUCUCGCAGCACUACAUCAACCAAAACACAAACAACAACAUCAACGACAACAACAGAAACAGUUGCAGCAACGACAUCAACAACAGCAACAACAACAAUUUCAGUAUUUACAGCAAUUUCCCGCCAAAUCCGCCCCCACCUUAUCAACCAAAACCCCAAACAAAUCCAAAAACCGUUUCGAAGAGAAAGGCGUCAAUGCCACAACAACAGCCACAACAACUACAACAGCAACAACCACAACAACACGUCCAGCAACCUCGUCAACAUCAACAACAAUUCAUGCUUGGUAACACUGGGUUGACAAAUUUUAACACUGUACCAAAAAAUUUGAAUUGUUCACGGCAGCAAAAAAUAGUGAAGCAGCAACAAAUGCAGCCACAACCACUACAACAACCACACCAGCAACAACCACAAAUCAUUCAUACAUUCAACUGCAACAACAGCAUUUUCAGCAACCACCGCUACAAAAACUGCCACAGCCACAUCAACCGCAACAACAACCACAACAGUCACAAAAGUUGCGUUUUCAAGCACCUCAACAGAUCAGUCACCAUCAACCAAAUUCACCACCAAUCCCACAACAAUUGCAACAACAACAACAGCGUCAACAACAUCCACACUAUACCAUUGACAAUGACCAAAAAUAAUCAUUUUCAUCUUCACCAUCAUCCUUAUUACGUCAUCGUAAUCUGCGUCAUGACCAUCGUGACGUCAUUGAACACGUCACAAGAAGACUCGCCAUUUGUUAGUGCGCGCUUUCGAACGAUUGCUUUAUGA